AUCGUCAACAUUACAUUCGUGACAUUCCAGCCGACAGUCAAGUUUUGUUUUCGUACGCUAAUUCUCCAAUUAGCGAAAGUUUAUAUUCUUAUAAGAAAAAUAAAGUUUUUAACUGCGAUACAGAAAUUUUGUUGUUUUUAAUCAUCAUCAGCAUUCACCCAGCGCGGAUUUACAAUAACAAAUUUAAAUAUUUUCUCAACUUCCGCUUUACCCACACCACACCGCAGUGAACUGAAGUGCUUUUGAUAAAUCAACGUAAAGUAAAAUGUCGCAACCUGUUGCAUUCCUUACACGCAAAGAAACAUUCAGCGCUUGCCAUCGUUUACACAGCCCACAUCUAAGUGACGCCGAAAAUGCUGAAGUGUUUGGGAAGUGUAAUCAUAUAAACGGACAUGGGCACAAUUACACAGUUGAGGUAACAGUGCGUGGACCUAUUGACAUACGCACAGGGAUGGUAAUGAAUAUUACUGAAUUGAAGACUGCGUUAGACAGAGUUGUGUUCAAGGAUUUGGAUCAUAAAAAUUUGGACUUGGAUGUAGAUUUCUUCAAAAAAACUCCCAGUACUACGGAGAAUGUCUGUGUUUACAUUUGGGAUAAUGUGCGACAACAUUUGAAACGUCCAGAACUUUUGUACGAAGUAAAGAUCUAUGAAACUGAUAAAAAUUCAGUUAGUUAUCGUGGGCCAUACAAUCAUAAUGGCUAUUACCAAAGCAUGCAAAUGAAACGCUCAGCUAAAACUUCUUGUACUAACAUCUCUUCUGAUUCUGACUAAUGCUGCCUGGAGACCACAAGACUCGAAUUGAAUUGUGAAUAUGAAUUUAAUUAAUGUUAGUUAAGGAGAAAUACAACACUAAAAAAUAAAAUUAAAUAAAAUCUAGUA